AUGAAGCUCGACGCCAAGGCAAUUCGAUAUCUCACCUCCGAGGAUUUCAGGGUGCUCCAGGGGGUGGAAGCCGGAAGCCGUAACCAUGAAGUUGUUCCAACCCCGUUGAUUUCUCAGCUUUCGGGCCUUCGCGGGGGCAGCGGGGUGCACCGGGCUAUCUCGAAUCUGGCCAAGAUCAACCUGAUCGCAAAAGUGAAGAAUGCGAAGUACGAUGGCUAUCGACUUACUUACGGCGGUCUCGACUACUUGGCGCUGAAUGCGCACCAGAAACAGAAAGUGGUCUACUCAGUCGGCAAUCAGAUCGGCGUGGGCAAGGAGUCUGAUAUCGUCGUGGUCGCAGACAGCAGCGGAGCUCAGCGCAUCCUGAAAAUUCAUCGCCUCGGCCGUAUCUCUUUCCGUACCGUCAAGACGAAUCGCGAUUAUCUCCGACACCGCAACACGGGCUCCUGGAUGUACAUGUCUCGGUUGGCGGCAAUGAAGGAAUUUGCGUUCAUGAAAGCACUUCGGGAGAACGGGUUUUCGGUCCCCGAGCCCAUCGCCCAGAACCGCCAUACCAUUGUUAUGGGUCUAAUUGAUGCUUUCCCCCUCCGCCAAAUCUCCAAGGUCCCUCAUCCUGCAUCGCUGUAUUCGGAAUUGAUGGAGAUCAUUCUGGAGCUGGCGCGGUUCGGUCUUAUUCACGGUGAUUUCAAUGAGUUCAACAUCUUGAUUAAGGAAAUUGCAGACCCCAGUGGCAAAGGAAAGGCUCCUGCCGAUGCGGAGGCUGAUGAGUCUGAUGAGAACGUCAGGCUGGAACCGGUGAUCAUCGAUUUCCCGCAGAUGGUCUCCAUUGAUCAUGCCAAUGCCGAGAUGUAUUUCGACCGUGAUGUCAACUGUAUCAAGCGCUACUUCCAACGGAAGUUCCACUUCGUGAGCGAUGCGCCUGGCCCAUUCUUUUCCGAUGCCAGGAAGAACUUCCUGAGGAACCCUGGUAAACGACUGGAUGUGGAGGUUGAGGCGUCUGGCUUCUCGAGGAAGAUGGCGCGCGAGCUGGAGAACUAUAUGAAGGAAGUCGGCGUAGAUGGGGACGCAGGUGCUCCCAGAGAUGAUCUCGAGGAUGAGGAGGAGGACGACGACGAAGAAGAGGAGUCCGGCUCUGAAGAAGAGGAAGAGGCGGAGGAGGAGGAACAGCCUGAGCAAAGCAGUACAGACGUGGAUGAAAGCUCUAAACGAUUAGAGGCGCUGCAUGUUUCGGGAUCAUCGGGGCAAUGA